UAAAAUGCGUCGGGGUUGGAAUACAAUGCAUAUCACCCCUGUUUUCAGCUUGCAUUUUGCGUGAAGAACAAUCUCAUUAAUCAUUUUAGCCUGUUCUUCUGAUAUGAUAUAUUGGCUAGAAGUAUUUGAUUAUUUAGCCGGGGUUUUCGUACUUUCCACAAGGAUAAAAAAGAGCCAACGAGGCUUACAUGUAUUCUUCAGUACAACCAAGAGAAAAUGAAAUCUUGGUACAGCCUGUGUUUUGUUCGCACUAGCUACGCGUUCAGCUUCAGGUCACACUAGUCACACACAGGUCACGAAAUCUCUUCCACCGCCCGCGGGCAUGAACGUCAGUGGUCAAAUACUCCUCUGCUAGCACAACCUUGGAAACAACAAAGCUUGUUCGCCUUCACUUGCAGAGUUUUUUGCUAUCUACCACCGUGUAUGAGAGGUACGACAAACCUGAUACUUCCAGUUUCAAUCAGCUGUUGAGGAGGACGGGUGUUUGUUUUUGUCUUUUUUGGCAGGGCGCUGAAAAUCGUGCCCUCGAGGGAACGCUCUCGAAAACGUGACAGCUGUAACAUUUAGUACACAAGAACUUGAAAGUCAUUAAGAAUUCCAUUUAAAUAUUUCUUUUCUCUUCUCUGUUCCGCGGGCAACAGGUAAAGAACUUUUCAGUUUCGAGUGUCCAAAACUUUUGUCGAUUUGAACCGCAAAUACGAAAGCUUUGAACGGGAAGGGAUUAGAACGAAUCCGGCAUCAAGAUCGUCACCACCGCCUGUUUAUGACGGAUUGAUAUCUAUCUGGCAUCACGACUUAUUAGACUUAUAUCUGGCAAGCUAGUCAGCUGUGUGGAUGAUUUUAGAUCGAGAAGAUUAAAAUAGCGACGGCGGACGCAAUAUAGAGUUCUGAAGUGGACCUCCCCUCUGAAUCAAGACGAAAAAUGAACAGGCAGCUGUUGGUUGCGUUAGUUUGUUUACUCCAAUCUGUUGGAAUUUGUGGCUUCAACGUAGAUAUAGGAUCAGCUGUUGUAUUCAAUGGACCUGCAGGAAGUGAAUAUUUUGGCUUCUCUGUUGCUCUUCAUUCACAACUAAACAAACACUGGGUAUUAGUUGGUGCACCACUCAGCAAUGUAACCAGUAGGUCAGAUGGUUCUACAUUACGAAGAUAUGGGGCUGUGUACAAAUGUGAAUAUACUGGCACAAGUGUACCAUGUACAUACAUUCCUGUUGAUAACACUCCUGUCAGAACAGAACCAGCCACUUUAAAUAAUCAGCCAGUUGUGAUUGACCUGGAGGAGAAGAGUGGACAGUGGCUCGGCGGCACAGUUCACAGUACAGGCACAAAUGGCAAAGCAAUGGCUUGUGCUCCUAGGUACAUUUAUCGAGGUCGGCCUCCAAAUCCUGAUGGAGACUUGCAAUAUCGCUGGCCACUCGGAAAGUGUUUUCUUAUAUCGGGAGACCUUUCAUUUCCAACUGCCACUCGCGAGCCUUGCUAUGAUGAACAAAAAGGCAAUAAUCAUUAUGGUUAUUGUCAAGCUGGAAUCAGUGCAGAAUACACUGUUGAUGGUGCAGAUGUUCUAAUGGGAACAGUUGGGGUGAGAAGAUGGAAAGGUGGAUUAGUCCUUACCAGUGCUAGUGGAGGCUCAGCUCCUUACACUUUAUCACCGCAAGAUCAAAUUGACUUUGGAGAUUACAUGGGUUAUUCAGUCACUAGUGGACAUUUUUCCAGCCCAUCAAGAAUAGAGCUUGUGGGUGGUGCCCCAAGAGCUGCGACAUUAAAGGGAAAGGUGCUCAUUUAUGAUGUUUCUGAUGACCAGCCUAGACAGAUCUUUGUGAGUUCACAAUUGCCGCAACCCAAAGAUAUACCGAUUGGAACCUAUUUCGGAAGUGUUGUGUGUGCAGUGGACCUUGACAGUGAUGAGUACACAGAUAUCCUUGUUGGUGCGCCGUUCUACACCCACGUAAAGGAUGAAGGACGGGUAUACAUCUAUUUGAAUAAUAAACAGGGAGCACUUAAUUUACAAGACAAGGUCCUUGAGGGAGAUAAAAAACCGAAUGCCCACUUUGGCGAAGCCAUUGCUGCAGUUGGUGAUCUAAACAAGGAUGGGUUCCAAGAUGUCGCUAUUGGAGCUCCAAUGGAAGGCGAUGAUGGAAGUGGUGCAGUGUAUAUUUAUCAUGGAAGCAGCAAAGGAAUAGAGACCCAGUACAGACAGAAAAUUUUAGGUUCAACAGUUAAAUCUGGACUCAAGAAUUUUGGGUUGUCAAUUUCUGGAGAUGUUGAUGUGGAUGGCAACAAAUAUCCUGAUAUUGCUGUUGGCGCUUAUGGAUCAGAAAAUGCCAUUAUCUUGAGGACAAGGAGGAUCGUGAAUGUGAACGCUGCCAUUAAACUGAGCGAAUCGCAGAUAACCUUGGAAAGCAACGACAGCUUGUGCGACUUAGAAGGCGCUAAAAUAAAAUGUUUAAACAUGACGUUGAGAUUUUCCUACACGAAUCAGGUUGCAUUUAGUGGUAAUCAAGAGUUAAAAAUCAAGUACAAAGUGGAACUAGACAAGGCAAAGGAGUCUGAUGCACUCCGUCGAAUGUUCUUUUGGGACCCAGUUAACAAAAAGAGGGCCUUCAUCUUGGAAGAGGACUAUACUAUUAAAACCAAAGNAAGACACUUUACCCUCAUAGAUAAAGAUGAAGUGGUUGAUGUUGGCUCGUUACUUACCUUUGAUCUUACCGUGUCAUUACCGCAAACUGCUUGUGGUGGUCUCUGCCCGGUACUGAACGACUAUCUGCCAAACACGUUCAGGGCCAUAACCGAUGCCCUUGUUCUUCAGCCUGUAGAGUGUGAGCGGAGCGACCCUGACAAUGGUACAGCGACGGUAACUUGCAACGUGGGAAAUCCCCUUCUAGGAAAAUCCAGUAAAACGUUUGGAAUCAAGUUUUCACCAGGAUCUGUGAAAGAAAGUUUCACGUUGGAAGUACUUGCAUCAAGCCAAGAUAAAGAUGCCAACGACAAGGACAACAAGAAAGUUUUCUCCAUCCCUGUGAAGUUUGAAGCGGAUGUUGAAAUCAGAGGUACCUCAAAACACGGACAGGUUGUGUAUCAAGGUGCGGUGAGGGGAUUAGAAGAAGUCACAAAAUCUUUGGAUUCCAUAGGACCAGAAGUGAUUCAGACGUUGUCUAUUCGAAACAAGGGUCCCAGUGCUGUGGACGGCUCAGUGGUGACGGUGAAUUUUCCUGCCCGUUAUCAAUCAUCCAAGCCCGACAGCUAUCUCCUCUAUCUCCUGCAGGUUGAACUUGAGGGUGCUUCAGGGAUCUGUAACGCCAAGGUCAACCCCCUGGAUAUUAAGGCAUCGAAUGACACAGCUGAACCAGACAACCAACAGUCACGCAAGCGCCGUGACACUGAUAACAAGAUGCUGGACUGUCGUACGGCGGGCUGUAAUUCGUUCUCUUGUAACCUCGGUCAGCUGAAGACGAGUGACAAAGUGGACAUCAGGCUUACGUUUCGAUUGUGGGAAAACACACUUCUCAAGGAACUUGAUCCUCCUGAAGCGGUAGACCUGGAGACGACUGCGAAGAUUAAAGUUCCCAGUCAAAUCACGCAGCCUGAUGUAAACAAUGACCAGACAACGAUUAUAACCACGGCCAAGCCAGCUCAAAAAGAAACUCAGAAAAAGAAAACUCCUUGGUGGGUAAUCUUCUUGUCUGUUCUCGGUGGAGUUCUUUUGUUGGGUGGUGCGGCAGCUGUCCUCUGGAAGCUUGGAUUUUUCAAAAGGAAACGAGCAAAAGACAUCUCGGCUCCGAUGGAUGAAAGCGUACCAAUGGCUGCCACAAACCUCGCGUGAUGCGUGACUGAAGAACAAGGAUCAAAAAAUGUAACGCGUUCUUACCGUGACAGUAGUCAUCGACUACGUUGUCGUUGCUUUAUGCACGAACAGACUUGAAGUUCUAAGUUAUGUCAAAAAUUUGUCGCUUGCUUAGAAAGUGCUACAUCUUUCUGUACUUCUUCCUCUGGGUCCUCUAGGAAACCAGAAGAAACGCUGUGACACAGCUAAAAAAGCGUUACGUGACAAUUUGAAGAAUGGCCGUGGAAGAGACUGGGAUCACUCAAACGUUUAAAAGUUCAGCUUUGCUGUAAAUCGAAAAUUUAGAGUUUAUUUUUGACUUAGUGAAUUAACAAAGAGCAUAGAGCAGUUUUCAUUUGA